GCUUGGAAGCAUGGAGCUCUGCGACCAGCGCGCGACCGGUCCUGGAGUUUCUCCGUCUUCUGUCACGGUGUCCAGGGAGCUGCUGACGGCGGGGAGCCAGGGUUCGGGAGGUAUCUGGGACCAGUUGCUCAUCAGCUCUAAGCCUCAUUCUAGAAAGACCUCUGCACUUCAAACAGUUCGGAUGCAGAGGAGCCCUUUGUUAGACCAGGUUCAGGCCUUCCUCCCACAAAUGGCCCAGGCAAAUGAGAAGCUGCGGAAGGAAAUGGCGGCUUCUCCAGCUGGUCAUUUCAAUAUUGAAAACGUGGACGAGACCACCGGGAACAUCAUACAGAUGGAUGUGGCCUUAUUUGAGAUGAAUCGGUCAGAUUCAAAAGAGGAGGAUAGUCCAGAAGAGAGCUCACAGGACAGUUCUGGGGACAGCUCGGAGUCUGAGGAUGAUGACUGCAUUCCCUCUGAAGUCACCAUCGAGAACAUUAAGCUUCCGAAAGCAGAAGGUGGCAAAGGCAAGAUUGAAGUUUUGGACAGUCCGGCAAGUAAAAAAAAGAAGCAGUGAAAUUAACCACAUAAGAGGAGCAGGUGCUCCCCGCCAGGAUUGUGGGGAGGCCCCCUGGGCUGGUUGACUUUAGUCCUUAACGUGUCACAAAGAAAUUCAAAGGCCAGGUGUACUUUACAUAGAAGGUGCUCAGAGCUUGACUGCAGAGAGGGAAGUACCCUUGGAUACUGAGAAGGGAAGCGAGGAAGAGAUUACCAGAACGCUUCUGCAGACGUGUGCGCCAGAGCGUGGGCUCUUACUCAUCCAUGCUGGUUAUAAGAUUCCUAUCGCCAGGUUUGGGUCUUGGUAUGGUCUAUAUCAAGGCAGGUUGCAGUUUGUUAUAUAGGAACUAGAUACUAGAGCCUAGGGUAAUAGCCCCCCUGCCAUUUAAGGUGUGACAGUGCCUAUAUUAGUUCAGGAAAACUCAAGCUGCCAUUUAAAGAUUUGUAAAGGAUAGCAUUUGACAUCCUGUUAGAGCAGAUUGACCUUUGCUGCUUCUGUAGAGUUUACAAACCACUAUGUGCUAUAUCACUGUCUUGUAUGUGAGUGCAGUCAUGUAAACAUUAUCAUUUCAAAUUGUAAUGACCCCGACAGCCUAAAGAAUGACUCCAGUUCUUUUAGUGACCUUAGAGUGUUGGAAGAGCUGGGUAGCCAUCUUCCCUGACUAACCAGUCUUAGAUGAUGAUAUCAGGGCUAGUAAGUACCAGUGGCGGGAAGAUGAGCAGACUUUUCAGGAAGCUACUUGAGUAGGGGAACUGUGCCCCGGUGACUUGGAGGAGAUGGUAACCUCUGUCACUUGGUGGUUUGCCAUACUAUCUAAUGAUACUUCAUCCUUGGCUCCUCUGAGCCAGGGUCUCGGGUUGGUCCUGGCAGCUACUGUUCCAUAGUCAAGCUGGGUUAGGGCAUCAAGCCUGGACUACCAGUUUUCCCACCCUCCAGCACUUAAUACCCUUCUGUACCUUCCUCCAUAGUUCCUGAGCCCCUAGAAAGAAGGUAUUCUGGUCAUUUUCCUCCCUGAGCAGAGCAAAAUGUUCCAGGGCAUGCAUAACCACCUGACUGAAGAGAGUCCACCGUAUGUGCAGGUCAGAUCAUCAUGGGUUACAGUGCUUGCUGCCCAAUGCAAGAAGAGGCGCCCCUCAGUUACAGUUGGCAGCUACAGUAUGACUGAUCUCCAUAUCCAGAGGAUAGAUAAUUGUCUUUCUGUUUCUGUGAAGAGACCCUUCAUGACUAAGGCAGAUAGUAAAAGAAAGCAUUUAGUUGCAGGCUUCCUUUCCGUUUCUGAGGGUGAGUCUAUGGCACACUGGUGGGGAGUGUGGGGAUAGGCAGAGCAAGAGUGCAAAAUUGGGCCUGGCUGGGCUUUUGAAACCUCAGAAGUCUGCCCGUCUCCCCUCCCUGCCCCUCUCCAGUGACACACCUUUUCCAACAAGGCCCCAGCUUCUAAUUCUUCCUAAACAGUCCACCAACUAGGAACCAGACAUGCAAAUCUAUGGUUCUCAUUUACACAAUUACAAUGAUUGAUUUGGUACAUACGUGUUUGGACAUGGGAUUCUUUAGCCCGAGGUUGGAGGGGGCCAGACAGACAGUUGGAAGAUGGUUAACUGUGCCUGUGCAGAUAGAACCACCACUGAACCUGCUGUUUGUGUGACACACAGGUAGGGGAGUACUUGGGGUCCUUAGCCAAGUAAGGCUGUAAGACUUGGCUCUCCCUUGUGGCCUGAACAGCACCGUCUGACACUGAAUGCUAACUGCUGGGGAUUGGGGUAGUGUUUUCUGGGGUAAGCCCAGGUUGGUGUUCUAGUCUCCUGAAGUCAGCAUAUAGUGACAGUAGUCACUUCUGGGAUCUGUCUCUCUGGCCAACAGCUCAUAGGAAGCUAGAUAGAGCACCCUGGGAUUGGAAUUAUUUAACCCUACAGUUGCUGAAAGCACUCUAUGUAUGCAUGUGUAGUGUCUUUAUAAACUUAGCUGCCAGUUAAAUGUAUGUGCCAUUUAUGUAGUUUGUUUUUCUCUUUUGGUGACACUUCAUAGUCUUGGCAAAAAGGUGAAGCACAUCCUGCUAGAUGUCACCUUUUCAUAACAGGGAUAUGAAGCUCAUUGGAAUUGCUAGGUGGUUUUAUGUCUUGUCCCUCAGCUGAAAGCCUAGGACCCCAUUAUCUCUAAGGUAAACAUUGGGACACUAGGCACACAGUUGCCUAGCUGUCCCACCCCCAUCCCCAGAAUCUAAGUUCAAAGUCUUUUUGUGGGAGGUCAUAUUGAAGGGAGUCGUGAAGUUAAAGGGGUAUUGGGGUGCACAUGAUCAAGAUGGGUUGUUUACAUGCAUGAAAUUGUCAAAAAUGAAUAAACUAUAUUUAAAAAGUG